AUGGAAACUGCGUUACGCUCCGGGCUGCUCGAGGGAAGAAAACAAGAGCGCGAGGACUCUUCUCAGUCUUCAUUUCAGCACCACGCGUCUACCGGACAGCGCCCGGAUGACCUGGCGCUACAGCACACACAGCCAGCCCUCGGCAGCAGUAUGUCUGAAGCCAAACCAGGCCAGCGCUUUCACAGUCUGAACGCUGAGCAGGUGGAGGUUCUGCAUCAGGUUCUGUCCGACGUGGUUCCGAUCCAUGGGCGCGGUAACUUCCCCACUCUGGAGCUGCGUCCUCGUGACAUCAUCAUCGCCGUGAGAGACCAGCUGCAGCGGCAGGGCAUUCGGGUUAGGGACGUGCGCCUCAACGGCUCCACCGCCAGCCACGUCCUGGUGCGUGACAACGGCACCAGCUACAAAGACCUGGACAUCAUCUUCGGAGUGGAGCUGCCCACUCAGGAGGAGUUUCAGGUGAUAAAGGAGGCAGUGCUGGGGUGCCUGCUGGACUGCUUGCCCACUGGGGUCAACAAGGAGCGGAUCAGCAGCGCGACAAUGAAAGAGGCCUAUGUGCAAAAGAUGGUCAAAGUCUUCAAUGAGCACGAUCGCUGGAGUCUCAUCUCUCUCUCCAACAACAGUGGCAAAAAUCUCGAACUUAAAUUUGUCAGUUCGUUACGGCGACAGUUUGAGUUCAGCGUGGACUCUUUUCAGAUCAUUUUGGACCGUCUCCUUGAGUCGUACAUGGCGCAGGACUUGCAAAGAAAAACUAAAGACGUUGACCUUAAAGAACCCCCGAGGGAUAAUCAUAACAAGCAGGUCCUGGCUGAAAGCAUGUACGGGGAUUUCGAAGCCGCUAUGGACCACCUACGCUACAGACUCAUAGCGACGAGGAAUCCAGAGGAGAUCCGUGGAGGAGGGCUUUUGAAAUACAGCAACCUUUUGGUGCGGGAUUAUCGUCCAGCCAGCGAGACUCAGAUAAAGACGCUGGAGCGGUACAUGUGCUCACGCUUUUUCAUAGACUUCCCUGAUGUGCAGGAACAGCAGAGAAAGAUCCUGUCCUACUUGAAGAAUCAUUUUAUCGGCGAAGAGAGGAGUAAGUACCAGUACCUGAUGACACUGCGGCGCGUGGUGGAUGACAGCACCGUGUGUCUGAUGGGACAUGAGCGGAGACAGACCCUCAACAUGAUCACAGUCCUGGCUCUCAAAGUGCUGGGCGAACAGAACAUUAUCCCCAACACAGACCAUGUGACCUGCUUCUACCAACCUGCACCCUACAUCACCGAGCCCAGCUACUGCAGCUACUACAUCCCCCAGGUAAAGGGCCCAUCUCAUGCAAUAUCAACUUUUCAGAGCUUU